AGGCCGCCAAGCUAGUAGGCAAACAAACUGCAUACCGGCAGAAGAUACAAAACUGCACGCAGAGCUUGCUGGAUAACUUCUUGGCCGUUGUCAACGCCGCUCAGAUCAGUACGAAAGAAGAGGACGAUGUCGGCGAGAACACGCAGAUUGCCAAGGAACAAUACGAGGUCGAGAUUAAGACGCACAACAUCGUAAGGGCGGCGGAGACGCUGAUUUGCAUUAUCUCUGAAUUGAAGGAGAAAUACUUGUUCUCAGAUUUCGACACACUCAACAAGAACGUAGAGAACGCAAACACGGCCUACGAUGACUGCCGGAAUGAGUCAGAGGACGCACUGGCCGAUCUUCAACGCGAGAUCGCGGCCCAUUUAGACGCCAUCGAGACCUCCUUCUACACUGCUAGACUAACAUGACCAGGGGGAACGAGGCAAUACAUUCAUCAAUGGCGAUACGGGGGUGCUAUUCAACGGAAACGAUCAACAUCGAACGCGUGACUUUGUCGAUGUGCGAUCUCUUGGGUACUCAGUGAGUCGAAAUCCACGUUUAUUGGACAACAUGAGAUUGAUGCCCCGUAUGAAAAUGUGAUAGCGACAUCGUUUCACACUGUCGGGUUCACAUCAUCUUCGAGCCCUUUUUACUGAUCUGAAUGACUUGAGAUACACAUAAGAUGCUGAUACGACUUGGGGAGAAGGACUAACCAUCAAAAGCCGCCGCCUUUUUAUGGUAGAGUGCCCCCUUAGAAUAAGUAUACACCUUGCCUAACUGUGCAACAUCGUACAGGUGUCGAUUUGAGCAGUAUAAUGACUGCUCAGUCAAUGAAUCCCAAAUAAAUAUUUAAAAUAAAGCAUGACUGUAAGACCUACAGACGCCCAA